CACUUAUUUAUCACUUUUGAAUCUCCAGUUGGCGAUGAAGAUAUCAGGAAGACACAACAGUUGUUCAUGGCCGCUAUGGGCUCUACACCAUUGUCGUUUGAUUACAUUUCUCCUCCUUUCACUUACCCUUGUUCCAAACAACCUCAAUUUCCAAUUCCCUUACCCAAAAUUCAAGCUAAAAAUAUACUAAGGAUUUAUUCUUCUUCUCCUCAAACAAUUCAUUCGGACAAAGAAAAGCAAAUCAAUCAGACAAAGAAGAAGAGAAAACCCAGACUAAGCUUUCUUGAACAAGUUCAUGGUAAAUGGUCUAUUAAACCCACUUCAUUGAGGGAUAAAUUCCCUUGGCAACAAGGAAAUUCUGAUGUUGUAGUGCAGUUUUCUGAGGGAACCGAAGAAAAUCCAGUAGUAAAUGAUUCAGUAAGUUCUAGUUCAAGAGUUAAGGUAAAUUUAGCUCCUUGGGUUCAUGGAAAACAACCCAAAAAGUCCCUGCUUGAUGAAAGCAGCACCACUCUUGGUAAAUCUAUUGAGGAAUUAGAUUUUUAUUCAGGAAAAGAUGAGAAAGAUAUCAAAUUGGAAUCAAAGGUUGCAAUACAUAGAUAUGAGGUUCAAGCUCAUGAAGGAGAUUUUGACAAGGGGAUUACUUAUGUUAAAGAUUUUGUAAGAUUGUCAUGGGAAGGUGUGGCAGUAGACAAGUUGAAAAAAAGUAAUGCAGAAUCGGCAGUGAAAUUGAUCCCCGACGCUCAACUGAAGAGGCUUAGGAACGCAGCAUUGAGGAUGGUGGAGAGAAUAAAGGUUGGAUCAGCUGGUGUAACACAGGAACUUGUUGACUCUAUUCACGACAAGUGGAAAGUGGAUGAGAUUGUUAAAUUGAGAUUUGAAGGUCCUCCUUCACAUAAUAUGAAAAGGACACAUGAAAUUCUAGAGCAUAGAACUGGAGGAUUGGUGAUUUGGAGAUCAGGCAGUUCCAUAGUGUUAUACAGAGGAAUAUCGUACAAGCUUACUUGUGUACAAUCAUUUACUUCAAAAAACCAUGAUAUUGAUGAAUCGGAGUAUUCAAAGAAUGAUAUCUGUCAAAGCCUUGGAGUCAAAUGCCUAAAUGAAGCUGCUGAAAAGCCAAGAAAUGGUUUCACUAAGUUGCCUGGUGAAGAAAUAGUUGAUUUAAUCGAGCUCAACAUGAUGCUAGAUGAAGUUGGUCCAAGAUUUAAAGAUUGGUCAGGUCGUGAACCACUGCCUGUUGAUGCUGAUCUGUUGCCUGAUGUUAUUCCUGGAUAUAGACCUCCUUUUCGUCGUCUUCCUUAUGGAGUGAAACAAAAUCUAAAAAAUAAAGAAACGACGUACCUACGUAGAACCGCGAGAAUUAUACCUCCUCAUUUUGCUUUAGGAAGGAACAGAGAACUACAAGGUUUAGCUGCAGCCAUGGCGAAGCUAUGGAGAAGAAGCGCUAUUGCCAAGAUAGCCAUAAAACGUGGUGUGCGAAAUACAAACAAUGAAAGGAUGGCGGAAGAACUUAAGGUAUUGACCGGAGGAACACUACUCUCCAGGAAUAAGGAUUAUAUUGUCUUUUACAGGGGUAACGAUUUCUUGCCACCUCGUGUCACAGAAACGCUUGUAGAAGCAGAGAGAAAAAGUACUUUCUUGCAGAAUCAAGAAGAACAAGCACGCCAAAGAGCAGCAACCCCUAUUCAUUCUGAUACUAGAUCUCCUAAAAGGCCAUUGGUUGCUGGAACGCUUUCUGAAACUAUGGCAGCCACUUCACGCUGGGGAAACCAACCUAGUAUUGAAGAGAGGGAGAAAAUGAUGAGAGAUACAGCUGUCACAAGGCAUGCUUCUCUUGUGAAGUAUCUUGAAGAGAAGCUAGCCCUUGCAAACGGCAAGGUCAAAAAGGCAGAAAAUAUGUUACGUAAAUUGCAGGAAAAUCGGGAACCAUCUGAACUGCCAACUGAUUUGGAAGUAUUAUCUGCUGAGGAAAGGUUUCUUUUCCGCAAUAUCGGUCUUAACAUGAAACCUUUUCUGCUUCUAGGGAGGCGAGAUGUUUUUGAUGGAACUAUAGAGAAUAUACAUUUACAUUGGAAAUACCGGGAGCUGGUAAAGAUCAUUGCAGAGAAGAGGAGUAGAGCACAAAUAAAACACAUUGCAAUUACCCUUGAGGCUGAAAGUGGUGGCCUUUUGGUAUCUAUAGAGAAGACUGCCCAAGGCUAUGCAAUUAUACUGUAUCGUGGGAAAAAUUAUCAGUGUCCUAAUGAAUUCAGGCCCAAAAAUCUUCUGACUAAGAGACAAGCAUUGGCCUGUUCAAUUGAACUUCAAAGAUGUGAGGCACUAAAGCAUCAUAUAACAGAGUUGCAGGAUAAGAUUCAAAACUUGAAGUCUGAGCUAGAAAAUAUGGACAUGGUUGAGGAGAUUGAUGAGGAGACCUUAUACUCGAGAUUAGAUGCAUCUGAUGAUGAGGAUGGCAUGGAAAAGCAAUCUGAGGCAGAGGAUCAGAACUAGUAACAGCUGAAUGUUUUUGAGGAUGGUGUUGCAUUGUUACUCAACUGAGGCUGCAGAUAAGAUAUGGAUAUAUUUGUCAGCACAUCCUAAGCGGAAAAUUUUUCUUUGCACACUUAUGGCUGGUUGAUUGCUAUACUUUGAUUUCAGUCAAACAUUAUAUCCAUCUGCAUUGUCCAGGUGCAGAACAUACUCCAAUGAAGAAUCUGUUUGUGAAAUCUUUAAUUACUAAUCCCACACACAAAAAUAGAAAGAUCUGUUGGUUAACCAUUAAAAAGGAAAAGGAUCUGCUGGUGAAAUUAGACCUGUCUAGUAAGUGAUAUGACACAAUAAACUGGGACUGGCUAGUUUCACUUAUGUGUUUGAAGUGAGAACUAGAAUGAGUACAUUGUCAGAUUUACUUUUGUUGAUGAAUUACGGAGCCUUUACUUA